AUGGACAUGCUCAUCUCCGAUCCGGAGGACGAGGACGGCGUGCAUAAUCUGUCAGAGCCCGUUCAUACACCAAGAUCCAAGAUCGUUCCUGACACUGAUUUGCAGCUUCCUUCACCUUUGUGUCAGGUGCGUCAGAUUACGCCGGAGGUGCUGCAGGAGAGGUCGUCUGGUACAGAUGAGACUGAUGUGAGCCUUUUCAAGGUGGAGGGCAAGGACAAAAGCUGGUUUCUGCAGAAGGGCGCCGUGACUUUCGAGCGGCCCGGUUCGGCGAGGUUUCGCCUGGAUGUGACCUUUACCGGCGGUCCCCGAAGCCGUUUCGGAGACGACUACGCAGAGUUGAGUCGGGCAGAGCAGGCCGACACCAUCAACUGGCUGGUGGCGCUUGGAGUCGUGAGACACGACGCGGUGCUCACUGGCUACAAGGACUGCAAGACCACUGGCUUUUACUUCAUCUUCCAUCUGAACUACCGGCGCACACGCUGGCGCAUCAUAGCGUGUCCCCACAACGCCGAAAUCGAGGACUUGAGCGGACAACGGUUCACCUCCGAUCCGCAGGAAGAUCAGCAGUUCGAGCUCGACGCCUAUGAAGGCCAAACCCUGUCGGUGGAGUUCGCCGAUGGAGAAUUGUUCGUCUGUGAGCGUGACCAGCGACGCGCCCUGGGCAUUUGGGCCUUCGAGGAUGGCAGCGCGCGGCUGCCAGAUGUGGAGUACUUCCCAGCUGUGCUAACUUCCAACUGCCCAACCUCCUUCACCGCCCAUGUGGUGGGCUCAGGAGCUGAGGGGGGCGGCUGA